UACAUACAAUACAGGAGUAGUAUAAAGGCUUAUCUGGCCACGAUCAUAAAGUUACGGUGCAUGAACGGUUACGCCUUACAUGAGCUAGAAUUUAUUAACUAAAGUUUAUCGAUUACAAAAAUACUGCUAGUUCUUCUAGCGUGUCAUGAUUAUUCACAUAUUAUUGUAGCCAUUGGAAGAUUCUAGAAGGCAUUCUAGCGUGUACCAGAACAUUCUAGAAAGCAUCUCGUCCUAAAACGUACUGGAAUAUUCAGCGUCUAGAAGCCAGUGGCAAAAUUCAUCAAAAUUUUUCACUUUAAAGAAUGUGGAAUAUUUUUCUGAAAACUCACUGAUAGUACGAACUAACACCGAAAGUAUGUUUGAUCUAACAGAACUGAAUGGAAAAUGCAACAAAGGCGACAUAAAAUAUUUGUUACGUCGUGUUAUUAGUCCAAGUUCAUCAUAGGACUGGAACUGUAUGUUUUUGCAGUAUUUUAAUGCUUAAAAGAGUCAACAGUGAGAGUCUUAUGUUGAAAGUAUAAGCAUCAUCAGGUUUUAGGAGGGCACAUCAAUAUCAUCCUUGGUAGAAGAAAUCUUUUUCUGGCAGUUAAAAGCGAUGACCGUUUUAUAGUUACUUUCCCUCCCCUUAAAGUCUCAUAACUAACCAACAAUUGUAAGUCGCGCCAUUAAGAAUGUAGUGCUUGGGAAAGUAGUGGGAGUAAAAACGCUAGGUAAUAGGUAGUAGGGUCAUUUGCUAGAAAUCUGCAAAUUUAAGUAAAAUUGUACAAUAUGUGGCAUUUUUUUUCUUUUACUGGCAAAAUAUUUUAAUGCAUCUAUUUUCUUGGUAGAGCAAUAAAACCUGGAAAAUGUAUAAGAAGCAUAGUACCACUAAUUAUGUUUAGAGAGGAUUCAGUACGAGGCACCAGUAGGAUGUUUUGUUAGGGAUACUGCAGUAAAAAAAAUAGUCUGGAAGCUGUCUAAAAAACACCUGUAUAGCCUCACCUGGUCGCUUCAGUCAAUGUUUGUUUUUGCUUUCGCUCUAGAUAUGAGCCUCAGAUGGACAUUCCGAGUGAUGUUGAAACGGAGUCUGACCGAGUCUUCUUCAUUAAAGCUGUCGCCCAGUUUAUGGCUACAAAAGCUCACAUCAAACUGAACACCAAGCGUCUCUACCAGGCAGAUGGCUAUGCAGUGAAGGAGAUGCUUAAGAUCACGUCUGUCUUGUAUGGUGCCAUGAAGACCAAGGAGUUGGCGUCUGGGGACAAGCUUGAAGAGGACAGCAGCAAGUUCAAGUUUGAUUUGGGAUCUAAGAUUUCUGACCUGAAAGCUGCAAGACAGUUGGCAUCAGAAAUUACUUCCAAAGGAGUCACACUCUACGACCUGCUGGGGAAGGAGGUGGACCUGAGGGAAAUGAGAACUGCUGCCAUUGCCAGACCCCUGGAGAUAAAUGAGACGGAGAAAGCUCUGAGAGCUGCCAUCAAGGAGGUCCUUGAAAAUGUCCAGAAGACCAAAGACACGCUGAACAAUGUGUCGUCAGAUGAGGCCAGUCUGGAGGCAAAGAUCGAAAAGAAGAAACAGGAGCUGGAGAGGAACCAGAAGCGUCUGCAGACAUUGCAGAGUGUGCGGCCAGCUUUUAUGGAUGAGUACGAGAAAAUAGAAGAGGAGCUGCAGAAGCACUACGAGACCUACGUGGAGAAGUUCCGCAACCUGAGCUUCCUAGAGCAGCAGCUGGAGGAUUACCACAGGAUGGAGCAGGAGAGGUUUGAGGAGACUGAGAACACCCUGCGUGCGAUGCAGAACAAACUGCGCGAGGAGGAGAGGAGGCUUAUGAGGAGCGGAGCAGCGAGAGACGAAGAUUCAGACAUGGACAUUCCCGAGGACGAGGGUUCGGACAGCGACAUUGACGAUCGCAGGCCUUCCAAGCCUCAGCCCAUCAGAAAUGUGCCCGUCGCAGGGCGAGGUGGAGCUCGAUUUCUGGGCACCAUGCAGGGAGGAGACAGCGACGAGGAAACAUCCGAGGACAGCGAGAUCGACGUGGACGACGACGACGACGAAGAUGAGGACGAAGACGAGAACGGCGACCCCGAGGAUGAGGACAGCCUGGAGGCGCCCGUUCCCAGGAGCUCACGGCCUUCCCAUGGCCUCCGCCGCCCUGAGCUGCUGGAGGAGAGCGACAACGACUUCUGAGGCGGUAACCGGUUCUCCGCUUGAGGAAGGACGUCUGAUCCGCGCCACGACAUGCAGACCACAUGCUUAGAGCUGGAAGGAAAGUGUACAGCUUAGGUGUCCUCUUGUGUCAUCUUACACUUGCGCAUAGGGACCAUCCGUGGUGUUGCGACGAUAUUCAUAAAUGUGCCGUUACUAUAAACUACAGUUUAAAAGCUGUGUAAAUUGUUCUAGAAAGACAAACUCGUGACCAAAUGACUACAACAUUAUAGACGACUGAAGAUGUUAGAAAUGAAUAAAUCAUUAUGAAACAUGUCCUUGGGCAAAGGCGUCCGUGAAACCGAAAGUUAAUAGUGACACUAUUGUUGUGUUCCAAGUGUUUUUUUUUUUUCCUUGAUUGUAAAGAACAUUUUUUAUAAUAAAGGCUUGACAGUGUUGGAAGCUUGUUAUAAAACGACGGAUACUCUUAAUUA